AUGAAGAACCAGGGAGAUACCAUCAAGAAGCUUGAAUCCCAAGUAGGAUUUCUUUCUCAUCAAAUUUCUAAGUCCACAGAUAGCUUCCCAAGUGAUACUGAGAAGAAUCCAAGAGGAGAAACAAAGAAUGUGAGAUGGGAAGAAUGUAAGGCAGUCACUCUAAGAAAUAAAGAGACCUUAGAGGAAGAAACCAGCAUGCCAACAGAGCACAACCAAGGAUUUCCAAAGGAGAAAGUGAAAGAGAUAGAACAAGGCAUUAGCCCUGCACAAGGGAAGGAUCCAAUGGAGGAGGAAACCUUGAAGCCAUAUGUGCCAAAAGCAUCAUUCCCUCAAAGGCUCAGGGGUGGUGAGAAAGAGAAGAGGUAUUCUAGGUUUCUAGACACAUUUAAGUCUCUUCAUAUCAACAUUCCCUUCAUUGAAGCCCUCCAACAGAUGCCUUCAUAUAUAAAAUGCAUGAAGGAGUUGCUAACCAAGAAGAAUCCCUUGAAGGGUGGCAGAUAG